AUGGGUGUCCCCAACGGAAGCUCGAGCAACGGUCACGUUAGCUCUCGUGCGGCCAAACACAAUCUCCCCUCACAUUUCAUCGGUGGGAAUCACCUGGACGCAGCACCUCCAAGCAGUGUAAAGGAUUUCGUUGCCAACCAUGAGGGUCACUCCGUCAUUAGUUCGGUGCUCAUUGCCAACAACGGUAUCGCAGCCGUCAAGGAGAUUCGGUCUGUUCGGAAAUGGGCUUACGAGACGUUCGGCAACGAACGAGCCAUUCAAUUCACGGUCAUGGCCACACCGGAGGAUUUGCGGGCAAACGCUGAUUACAUUCGAAUGGCCGAUCAAUACGUCGAGGUACCCGGAGGCACAAAUAACAACAACUAUGCGAACGUCGAGCUGAUCGUCGAUGUGGCCGAGCGAAUGGACGUCCAUGCCGUCUGGGCUGGUUGGGGUCACGCAUCCGAGAACCCCAGACUCCCCGAAGCUCUGGCUGCCUCUCCCAAGAAGAUCAUCUUCAUCGGUCCUCCGGCCUCUGCCAUGCGCUCCCUGGGUGAUAAGAUCUCUUCGACAAUCGUUGCACAGCAUGCUGGUGUGCCUUGCAUUCCGUGGUCAGGAACCGGAGUUGACGAUGUAACCAUUGAUGAGAAUGGCAUUGUCACCGUGCCCGACGAGGUCUACAACCGGGGUUGCACCUUUUCCCCUGAAGAAGGUCUGCAGAAGGCCAAGGAGAUUGGUUUCCCCGUGAUGGUCAAGGCCUCCGAAGGUGGUGGUGGUAAGGGUAUCCGUAAGGUCGAGCGCGAGGAGGAUUUCAUCAGCCUUUACAAUGCCGCCGCAAACGAAAUCCCCGGUUCCCCUAUCUUCAUCAUGAAGUUGGCUGGCAAUGCCCGGCAUCUGGAAGUCCAGCUGCUGGCUGAUCAGUACGGAAACAACAUCUCCCUGUUCGGCAGAGACUGCUCCGUUCAGCGUCGGCACCAGAAGAUUAUCGAGGAGGCCCCCGUCACCAUCGCCAAGCCCGCCACGUUCCAGGCCAUGGAGCGUGCUGCUGUCAGCCUUGGAAAGCUGGUCGGUUACGUCUCCGCCGGUACCGUUGAGUACCUGUACUCGCACGCCGAUGACAAGUUCUACUUCCUCGAAUUGAACCCUCGUCUUCAGGUCGAGCACCCCACCACUGAGAUGGUCUCCGGUGUCAACCUGCCAGCCGCCCAGCUGCAGAUCGCCAUGGGUAUCCCCCUGCACCGCAUCCGUGACAUUCGUCUGCUCUAUGGUGUCGACCCCAACACCUCGUCCGAGAUUGACUUCGACUUCUCCAGCGAAGAGAGCUUCAAGACCCAGCGCCGCCCCCAGCCCAAGGGACACACGACCGCCUGCCGUAUCACUUCCGAAGAUCCCGGCGAGGGUUUCAAGCCCUCGAGCGGUACCAUGCACGAACUGAAUUUCCGCAGUUCGUCCAACGUCUGGGGUUACUUCUCCGUCGGUACCGCCGGUGGUAUCCACAGCUUCUCCGACAGUCAGUUCGGUCACAUUUUCGCCUACGGUGAGAACCGUUCGGCGUCGCGGAAACACAUGGUUGUUGCUCUGAAGGAGUUGAGCAUCCGUGGUGACUUCCGCACGACGGUCGAGUACCUGAUCAAGCUGCUGGAGACGCCUGCUUUCGAGGAGAACACCAUCACCACUGGAUGGCUGGACCAGCUCAUCUCGAACAAGCUGACCGCGGAGCGUCCAGAUCCCAUUGUAGCUGUUUUGUGCGGUGCGGUCACCAAGGCUCAUCUGGCCAGCGAAGCCGGUGUCGAGGAGUAUCGCAAGGGCCUCGAAAAGGGUCAGGUGCCCUCCAAGGAUGUCCUCAAGACCGUUUUCCCCGUGGACUUCAUCUACGAGGGCCAGCGUUACAAGUUCACCGCAACCAGAGCCGGCUUGGACAGCUACCACCUGUUCAUCAACGGAUCCAAGUGCUCGGUCGGUGUUCGUGCUCUGGCUGACGGUGGCUUGCUUGUUCUGCUGAACGGUCGCAGUCACAACGUCUACUGGAAGGAGGAAGCGGCUGCAACUCGUCUGAGUGUCGACGGAAAGACGUGCUUGCUGGAGCAGGAGAAUGAUCCUACUCAGCUCCGCUCUCCAUCUCCUGGAAAGCUUGUCAAGUUCACUGUCGAAAACGGCGAGCACGUCAAGGCUGGUCAGGCCUUCGCCGAAGUCGAGGUCAUGAAGAUGUACAUGCCCUUGAUUGCGCAGGAAGAUGGUAUUGUCCAGCUCAUCAAGCAGCCCGGUGCCACCCUCGAAGCCGGUGAUAUCCUUGGUAUUCUCGCUCUGGAUGACCCGUCUCGUGUCACGCAUGCUCAGCCAUUCACCGGACAGCUGCCCGACCUUGGCCCCCCGCAGGUGGUCGGUAACAAGCCUCCUCAGAGAUUCUCCCUCCUUCACAGCAUUCUCGAGAACAUCCUCAUGGGUUAUGACAACCAAGUUAUCAUGAACACCACUCUGAAGGAGCUUGUUGAGGUUCUGCGGGACCCUGAGCUCCCCUACGGUGAAUGGAACGCUCAGUCCUCUGCCCUUCAUUCCCGCAUGCCCCAGAAGCUGGACGCUCAGCUACAGAGCAUCGUCGAAAAGGCUCACGCCAGAAAGGCCGAGUUCCCCGCCAAGCAGCUGCAGAAGACUAUCUCCCGCUUCAUUGAGGAGAACGUCAACCCAGCCGACGCUGAGAUCCUCAGGACCACUCUCCUCCCUCUUCAGCAGGUCAUCAACAAGUACAUGGAUGGCUUGAAAGCCCACGAGUUCAAUGUCUUCGCUGGAUUGCUGGAGCAGUACUACAAGGUCGAGAGCCUCUUCUCUGGCCGCAACAUCCGUGACGAAGAUGCCAUCCUGAAGCUCAGAGAGGAGAACAAGGACGACAUUGGCAGCGUCGUUCAGACUGUUCUGUCCCACAGCCGUAUUGGCGCGAAGAACAACCUGAUCUUGGCCAUCCUGGCCAUGUACCGCCCCAACCAGCCUGGUGUUGGCAAUGUCGCAAAGUACUUCAAGCCCGUCCUGAAGAAGCUCACUGAACUUGAGUCGCGGCCCGCCGCCAAGGUCACUCUCAAGGCCCGUGAGGUCCUCAUCCAGUGUGCGCUCCCCUCUCUGGAGGAGCGUAUGUCUCAGAUGGAACUCAUCCUGCGGUCCUCUGUUGUCGAAUCCCGAUACGGAGAGACCGGUUGGGACCACCGGGAGCCUGAAUUCUCCGUCCUCAAGGAAGUGGUGGACUCCAAGUACACCGUCUUCGACGUGCUUACCCGAUUCUUUGUUCACCCCGACCCGUGGGUUACCCUGGCUGCACUCGAGGUCUACAUUCGCCGCGCCUACAGGGCCUACACACUGAAGGGUAUUCAGUACUACCCCGACGGAGAAGUUCCCCUGGUCUCCUGGGACUUUACGCUCGGCAAGCUUGGACAGCCGGAGUUCGGUUCCGUCCACUCCAACCAGAUGUCUACGCCGAGCACACCCACUACCGAGUCCAGCCCCUUCAGAAGGCUCAACUCCAUCAGCGAUAUGUCAUACCUUGUCAACGACAGCAACAAUGAGCCCCUCAGAAAGGGUGUCAUUGUUCCGGUUCAGUACCUGGAAGACGCCGAGGAGCAGCUGCCUAAGGCUCUGGAGGCACUCCCUCGUGCCGGCUCGAAGAAGAAGCCCGGUGAGAACGGCCUCAUUGCAGACCUGGAGGGCAAGCGCCGACCGGCUCCUCGCAUUGAGUCUGACAAUGAAUUGACCGGUGUCUGCAACGUGGCUGUCCGCGACCUCGAAGAUCUCGACGACAACCAGAUCGUUGCUCAGAUCAGCAGCAUUCUUGCCGGUCUCAGGGAGGAGUUGCUCGCUCGCCGCGUCCGCCGUGUGACCUUCAUCUGCGGCAAGAACGGCAGCUACCCUGGCUACUUCACCUUCCGUGGACCUACCUACGAGGAAGAUGAGAGCAUCCGUCACAGCGAACCUGCGCUCGCCUUCCAGCUUGAGCUCGGACGUCUGUCCAAGUUCAAGAUCAAGCCCGUCUUCACCGAGAACAGGAACAUCCACGUCUACGAGGCCAUCGGCAAGGGCCCCGAGAACGACAAGGCCGUCGACAAGCGUUACUUCGUCCGUGCUGUGGUGCGCCCGGGCCGUCUCCGUGACGAUAUUCCCACCGCGGAGUAUCUCAUCUCCGAGGCUGACCGUCUCAUGAAUGACAUUUUGGAUGCGCUGGAGAUCAUCGGCAACAACAACUCUGAUCUUAACCACAUCUUCAUCAACUUCUCGCCGGUGUUCAACCUGCAGCCCCAGGAUGUGGAAGAGGCCCUGGCCGGUUUCCUUGAGCGCUUCGGUCGCCGUCUCUGGCGUCUCCGUGUCACCGGUGCCGAGAUCCGUAUCCUGUGCACCGAUCCUACCACUGGCAUGCCUUACCCUCUGCGUGUGAUCAUCACCAACACCUACGGCUUCAUCAUCCAGGUUGAGCUGUACAUCGAGAAGAAGUCCGAGAAGGGCGAAUGGCUCCUCCACAGCAUCGGUGGUACCAACAAGCUCGGCUCCAUGCACCUGCGUCCUGUCUCCACACCUUACCCGACCAAGGAGUGGCUUCAGCCCAAGCGCUACAAGGCUCAUCUCAUGGGCACCCAGUACGUCUACGACUUCCCCGAAUUGUUCCGUCAGGCCUUCCAGAACAGCUGGGCCAAGGCUGUGGCCAAGAUCCCCUCCCUGGCCAGCAAGCGUCCCGCGGUUGGCGAGUGCAUUGAGUACAGCGAGCUUGUUCUCGAUGAUGCCGACAACCUGAUCGAAAUCUCGAGAGGCCCUGGUACCAACACCCACGGUAUGGUUGGAUGGAUCGUUACUGCUCGCACCCCGGAGUAUCCCGAAGGCAGACGGUUCAUCAUUGUUGCCAACGACAUUACCUUCCAGAUCGGUUCCUUCGGUCCCCAGGAAGACAAGUUCUUCUACAAGUGUACCGAGUUGGCCAGGAAGCUUGGAAUCCCUCGUAUCUACCUCUCUGCCAACUCCGGUGCUCGCAUCGGUAUGGCCGAUGAGCUGAUCCCCUACUUCUCCGUGGCUUGGAACGAUCCGCAGAAGCCCGAGGCUGGAUUCAAGUACCUUUACCUCACUCCCGAGGUCAAGCAAAAAUUCGAUGCCAGCAAGAAGAAGGAGGUCAUUACUGAGCUCAUUCACGAUGAGGGCGAAGAGCGCCACAAGAUUACCACUAUCAUUGGUGCCAAGGAUGGGCUGGGUGUUGAAUGUCUGAAGGGCUCUGGUCUCAUCGCCGGAGCCACCUCGCGCGCUUACGAGGACAUCUUCACCAUCACUCUGGUCACCUGCCGCUCCGUUGGUAUUGGUGCCUACCUUGUCCGUCUGGGCCAGAGAGCCAUCCAAGUCGAAGGCCAGCCGAUCAUUCUGACUGGUGCCCCUGCCAUCAACAAGCUGCUGGGUCGCGAGGUUUACACGUCUAACCUGCAGCUCGGUGGUACUCAGAUCAUGUACAAGAACGGUGUCUCUCACAUGACUGCCACCGAUGACUUUGAGGGUGUCCAGAAGAUCGUCGAGUGGAUGUCCUUCGUUCCCGACAAGAGGGGUGCACCCAUUCCCAUCCGGCCCUGGUCCGAUGACUGGGACCGCGAUGUCGCCUACUACCCUCCGCCUAAGCAGGCCUACGAUGUCCGCUGGCUCAUCGCUGGUAAGGAGGAUGAGGAAGGCUUCCUCCCUGGCCUGUUCGAUGCUGGAUCCUUUGAGGAGGCUCUUGGUGGAUGGGCUCGUACCGUUGUCGUCGGUCGUGCUCGCCUCGGUGGCAUCCCUAUGGGUGUCAUUGCUGUCGAGACUCGUUCCGUUGAGAACGUUACCCCUGCCGACCCUGCCAACCCUGACUCCAUGGAGCUGAUCAGCCAGGAAGCCGGUGGUGUGUGGUACCCCAACUCGGCCUUCAAGACCGCUCAGGCCCUCCGUGACUUCAACAAUGGCGAGCAGCUGCCCGUCAUGAUCCUGGCCAACUGGAGAGGUUUCUCUGGUGGUCAGCGUGACAUGUACAACGAGGUCCUCAAGUACGGUUCCUACAUUGUUGACGCUCUCGUCAAGUACGAGCAGCCCAUCUUUGUUUACAUCCCACCCUUCGGUGAACUUCGUGGUGGUUCAUGGGUCGUCAUCGAUCCCACGAUCAACCCCGACCAGAUGGAGAUGUACGCUGACGAGGAGGCUCGCGGUGGUGUCCUCGAACCCGAAGGUAUCGUCAACAUCAAGUACCGCCGUGAGAAGCAGCUCGACACUAUGGCUCGCCUCGACCCCACCUACGGCGAGCUCCGUCGCUCUCUCGAGGACCCAUCCCUCAGCAAGGAGCAGCUGUCAGAGAUCAAAGCCAAGAUGGCCGCUCGCGAAGAGCAGCUCCUUCCUGUCUACCUGCAGAUCGCUCUGCAGUUCGCUGAUCUCCACGACCGCGCCGGCCGCAUGGUGGCCAAGAACACCAUCCGCAAGGCCCUGACCUGGAAGAACGCCAGACGCUUCUUCUACUGGCGUGUCCGCCGCCGUUUGAGCGAGGAGCUCAUCCUCAAGCGCAUGGUCUCCGUUGCUCCCGCCGCCGUCUCCGGCGAGGCCACCGGCGCCAUCCCCGCCACCGGACCCGUCGACUGCCAAGCCCCAUCCACCGAGAGCCCUCGCGCCAAGCACCUGCGCACCCUGCACUCGUGGACCGGCUUGCUGGACGAGGAACUCGAGCACGACGACCGCAAGGUCGCCAUGUGGUAUGAGGAGAACAGAAAGGCCAUCCAGAUGAAGAUCGAGGCCCUCAAGACCGACUCCGUCGCCACCGAGAUCGCCCAGCUACUCAUCAGCAACAAGGAGGGCGGUCUCAAGGGUGUGCAACAGGUUCUCAGCAUGCUGCCCGUCGAGGAGAGGGAGGCCGUGCUCAAGUACCUCGGGUCGUCUUGA